AAGAAAGAGAAGGGAAACAGGAAAAAUAUCUUUCUCGGCGAGUGAACAGUGGACACUUCAUUUAAAUAUCCGGAUACGUGUACACGGGUUGUUUACGUGGCGGGGAAACUUAUGCUUGACGUCAAGUUAGUCUGGUGGGAGAGCGUGUGAGCGGCGAGAGAUCACAAAUACUGAGAGUUUAUUGUUCUUCGCCCCUCUAGCUAAGCUAUUUCUGUGUGGAGCUAGCUCGCGUUAGCUAGCACCGGACGCCAGCACAGUCUCUGAGCUCUCGGUCCUGAACUAGCGAACGGCUCGAAGGGAAGCGGUGCCGGCAAUCUGCCCCGUUUUCAGCUGGACUCCGCGAACCUCUUCUAGCUCCGUGACAUCAGUUGAGCGAGAAUGGCAACGUCGGCUCUGUACGCCUGUACGAAGUGCAACCAGCGGUACCCCUUCGAAGAGCUGUCGCAGGGCCAGCAGCUGUGCAAGGAGUGUCGCAUCGCACAUCCAAUAGUGAAGUGCACAUUCUGCAGAUCUGAGUUUCAGCAGGAAAGUAAAACCAAUACAAUCUGCAAGAAGUGUGCUCAGAACGUCAAACAGUUUGGAACGCCCAAACCCUGUCAGUACUGUAACAUCAUUGCAGCCUUUAUCGGGACAAAGUGCCAGCGUUGUACAAACUCAGAGAAGAAAUAUGGGUCUCCACAGACCUGUGAGCAGUGCAAACAGCAAUGCGCCUUUGACCGCAAGGAGGAGGGCAGGAGAAAGGUGGAUGGGAAACUGCUUUGCUGGCUCUGUACUCUGUCCUACCGCCGUGUCCUGCAGAAGACCAAGGAGCAGAGGAAAGGUUUUGGCUCCUCCAACUCCUCAUCCCUGAAUGAGAAAGACCACCACUCCAGACCUCACCAUCAUCACCAACAGCAACACAGACACAGCAGCUCUCAUCACAAACUGAGUGGGAGUUUGAGUCCUGAGCAGGAGCAGGGACUGUGGAAGCAGAGCCAUAAAUCGUCUUCAGUCCAGAAGGAGACUCCAAAGAAGAAACUAAAACUGGAGAUGAAGCCAUCCAAUGGGGAUAGCAGUAGUUCCCUCACCAAGUCGAUGGAUUCCGGAGGAACAGACAACUUCAUUCUCAUCAGCCAGCUGAAAGAGGAAGUAAUGUCAAUGAAGAGACUGCUGCAGCAAAAAGAUCAAACCAUCCUCGAGAAGGACCGAAAGCUCACAGAGAUCAAAGCAGACUUUCAGUACCAGGAAUCCAACAUGAGAGUUAAGAUGAACCAAAUGGAGAAAUCGCACAAAGAGUCCAUGGAGCACCAGCAGGGCAAGAACAGGGAGUUGAUGAAACAAGUGGCAGCCCUCUCGAAAGGAAAAAAGUUUGAUCGGACAGGGAGUUCACUGUUGUUGCCCUAACAAUAGACCAGCCCUCGGGUAACAACACAGAGCAGUUUCAUUGUUGUAACACUGUGAACAUCUCCCUCCUGUGUUUCCUCAUUGCCAUUAACAUCAAAUACUUCUUAACUGGUAAAGCCAGGGACCAUGUUGUACAUGGAGAUCAAUUGUUGAAUCAAAGAAUCCCUUCUCUAAAUGUCAGCAUAUUUUAGAUAUUUUCUGCCGACUUUUCCACUGGUUCAUAGGAUGUGAUUUUGGAUGGAGCGGAGGACGGAGCCCUCGUCUUUAACACUGCCUGGCCAAAACAACAAGCAUGGUGUGCAUAUGUGGAUAGCAUUCUGUCAACUCAAAUGGAUCCACUUACUUUUUAUGGAUGUAAUGCAAUUUAUUUAUUCAACUGUAUUUCUUAGCUUUUUUAUUUACUCACAACAUACUAAGAGAAUAUCCCACAUUUUGGGUUUUUUUCUUCAAUAGCAAUUAGUUAUAUUUUUCUAAAUGUAAUCUAUGUAAUUGUGGAAGAGAAGUUCUCCUCAAUGAAGAUGCUGCAACACUUUACAAUGUAUGCAAACUUGGGAAGGGUGACCACUGAGCUGCUGCUCCACAGUAGAGAACCCUCUCAGUAACAAUUCAUAAAACAACCAAUGAACACUUAAACGGUCUGUCUGAUGGAGAGACACCUCUUGGCUGGCCUCUUUCUCACUGUGACAGCUGUAGUGCUUUGCUGUUUCUCUUUAGUGGAACGAUUGUAAUACUGCAUGAUUUUACUGCCAGACACCGGGUGGCAUUGUGGUCAGACUUCUUUUGUUCCCCUCCCUUUUAUUAGUUUUUUAAGAAUCACUUGUAUAUGUAUAACUGGGGUCAGCCAUUGUAUUUAAUCUAUUGCUUGUAUCUGUUUUAGUGAGUACAGUAUGUGUAUGGUAAGGCCAGUUCAAAUUAACAUGUCUGUAGAAGAUGCUUUUUAAAGGAACACACCUAUCAUCUUGCAUUAUUGGGCUGGUUUCAUACUGUGGUGUCCAGGAUCACUUUUGUACUUUUUCCAAACCAAGUGUUUUAAACCUAUUAAACUGGCUAAACUGUU